AUGGAAGUCGAAGAGCUAGCAUGUGUAGCAUAUCUGUACAGUCGUGUUGUACGCAGACGAAAAAAAAAUCGAAAGUUUUGGGUUCAUCCACUAUUGUCUGACCGUUCUACUAAAGGUCUAUUUAAUUUAUUUUAUAAUGAUUUAAGAAAAUAUGAAGACAAAUUUUUUAAUUAUUUAAGAAUGUCUAUUAAUUCUUUUGACGAACUAAUGGAACAACUUCGAGAAGAUUUAACGGGUCAACAAACAAAUAUGAGAGAAUGUAUUUCACCUGUCGAAAAAUUAGUCGUAACUUUAAGGUAA